GCCUACAGAAGAAGAAAAGACGCCUGGCAGGUUGCAAAGUGAGCACAGUCGUGCGGGAUGAUUUCGCUUCACAGAGGUUUGCUCGGUGGGCUCGUUUUCGUCAUGCUGUCCUACGUGCUGUCACGCCGUUUGGGGCAGGUUCUAGCGGAAGUGAAUGGAAGGUCUUACCCGACCUUUGAUUCCAUUUUUCGGACUUUCACCACCUCAAGUCCAAAAUGCGGAGAGGAAUCCUUCACCGGUAACAGUAUUUCCUGCUUCAGUGGUGACCUACUCGCAGCUGAAGACCAUGCUGUCCAGUGGGGACAUCCAGCUGUUUGACGUGAGAAAUCCUGACGAAUAUCGGGCUGGACGUAUUCCAGAUGCUGUCAACAUCCCCCUGGGCAUCCUGGAGGAGUCUCUGAAGCUGUCCCCAGAGCAAUUUCAGCGGAAAUUUGACGUGAGGGCACCUGGGAAAGAUGACAACAACAUCGUGUUUCACUGCAGAAGUGGCACCCGGAGCUCCAAUGCUCUGACUAUCGCCCAUCAGCUGGGAUUUAGCAGGGCGAGACAUUUUCAAGGAGGGUACAGUGAGUGGGCAGAGCAUGAAGGGAAAUGAAUCUGGGCUGGAUCCUGCACUUUAGUUGCAUAUCUUUAUUUUAAUAAAACACAGCCAAUACAAAACUGCAGAAUAUAAAGGAGAGUUGACAUGUCUGUUAUGUUUGAGAAACACACUCUUACAUGCAGUUGACUGUUUCGCUGUAGGUAACUACACUAAUUCUUGACCAUGUUACACUCUUCAGCUACUGAUUCAACCCUGUUGUUAAGGUUUUCUGUGUGCUGUGUAACCUUUCUGUUCUGAUACACUGAUUAAAGUGAAAAGUGCUUGUGUUAAUUAAA